UGAGAUUCUGUCAACAGGAAAAGUUAUUUUAAACGCAGCAUAACCCAAAUUUUCCACGCAGUGCUUUCGCACCGAAGGUCAACCUGCUUGUUUUCUCAUUGCUGAUAAGAAAGCAAAUGUUUUUUGAUAAUUAUAACAUCGAACACCCUUGGACUCCAGCAUGUGUAGUGUGCAUAUCAUGUACCUGAGCGUGAGUGUGCAGAGGUGGGCACGAGUCAAACCUCCUGGGUGCAGGGUGUGUGCAUGGGAGGCAGCUCCAGCACCGACCUGAAGCUGAGCACGUGUCUUGGUAAAGGAGGCGGUUCAGCAGGCCACUUCUGCUCCAGCAUUACCAGGCACUGCUGGAAACGUCAAGAAGGCACUGAGAUAACCAAGCUUGGAAGAAAAAAUACGUACAGGAGCAGGUGUGUAUUCUGCCAUCUGACAGGUAGAGUGCCUUCGGUGCCCUGUGCUUCUGUAGUUCAGUGACGAGUGCGAUGAGGAGCUGCAGCACGCUGUAGCUGCAUUCUAGAAAGAAGCAAACCCAGGUUAUUUAACUGUGUUUCCUCCUAUAUUCCAUCGUUUUUAUAUUUGAUGUUAAAAACAGAGAGCACUUUUGAUUAUGACUAUUAUUUUGCAUUGACAGCCAUUUCACUCUGUGUAUGUACCUGCAUAUCAUGUCUAUCCACUGGCACAAUCAGACACGCGCCACUAAAAAUAAGACUUUUUAUGGGGAUGAAAGUCUGCAUGAUGCCUACUGGCACUGCUCCUUUUAGGUUCGUUUCAAAGGUUUGAAUAGCGAGUGCCUAAAUGGUUGGUCUAACGUUCAAUACAAAGAAAAUACAAAAGAAAAUAAAACACACGUUCUGUGUUGAGAACGACAGGUCCUGGAGCGAUCCAGCACCCGUGACACAUCUAUAUCCAUAGCUUGGCAAUCGCCCUGCCAGGAAAAUAUGUUGUGUCAGCUCACACCAAGUUUAGAAAUGCAAAGAAGAAGAUGAUAAAAUUUCCUUAAUCGAAAUGAAGGAAUAGAGUCUCUAAAAGUAUAUGCCAAUUAUUGCAGAGCAGAUUUUUAAAGUCUUUCAAGCUUUUAAAGAUUAUUCAAAGCACUUGAAAUAGGCUUCAAUCUAAUGCCUCAUUUCAUUGCAUUAAACAGCCUAGUUAAUAAAGAAUCAAUAUAUUCAAAGGGCAAGGUUAUCUUUUGUCUAUAAGGGGUGGUGUCAUUCUGAACCUUUUAUAGUUCAAAUGCUGAAAAAGACCUCAUGAAAUCCAUACUCAUCAAGUGGGUCAACUAGAGCAAUAAAGAGGCCCCUGAAAGAAUGGCUGCGCUCCUUUAAAACAACUAUAAGUCUUAUCUCCCCCGCAUAGUGCUUGCGCAGAAUCAGCCAGAAAAUGUCAAUUUCUCAUCAAGACAAGAGGCCCAAUGAUAAUUUUUUUCUAGAGAAUACAUACAAUUAGGAGAAUGCAGAAAGGCCCCAUCAGUGAUUUGUAGCUUAUUAUGUCACCAGCAAGCUGCGAUCUACUGCUAAGCAGAUAAUAAGGGCUGUUGAUAACUGAAGUGUCAAUAUGCCAAAGAACGAUUUUUGAAUGUGAGCCCUUGUGCUUUUUUUCCCCUCCUUGUGCAGAUCACAGGGCCUGAUAACAGAGCAUCUGCCAACCGACACCGCGCGCCGGACCACACAAUUAAUGCCAUGAAUAAAUAGCACAAAAGAGUUUGGAUUCUUUAUACUCUUUGAGACAAUUCCCUGUUUUACCCUUCAAGGAUUUCUUUUAUGUUCGAAUAAGGUUGCUUUUAAUGAAAUUUAAACUCAUCAGAGGAAAUCAAAACCCUCAAAUCAGAUUACAAAUUGAUUUUUUUUUUUUUUUUUUUUUUGGUCAUUUGUCAUUAUACAAUGUACUGCCCUAAGUUUUACAGGAAAAGGAAGAGAAAGUGCAGGGUAUUGAGUAAGAGUAUGCAAACAGUCUUGGAAAAGGCAUAUGAAAGAGGAACGUUCCUAAAAUUCCACAAGAAAGUUUUAAAGAGUUGAUGUGUAUCAACACGCGAUCGUUACUGUUAUGCUCACCAUGUGCUGGUUAUAAAGAAAAAACUAUACUAGAACUUUGAAAUGCAUACAUUAAAUCACCAAACCCAAA